AUGUCUCUUUCAAGAGGCCUGGCAGCCCACGAGUCACGAAGCGAGCUUCAUACCAUAAUUUCCACCGAGUGUCAAUCAAGAACAUCUCGUGUUGAGUGGGCUUGUAGGUAUGUGCCCCUCAAGCUCGCGGUGCUCUAUCGCUUGUUCCUCUCUCGGAGCCGCGAUUCCGUGGCACCGCAUGCCGGCAUGGCCGUCGUCAUGGCGCCAGCCUCCUUCUACACUAUGGCCCACCUGAGCAGCGGGAAGCCCGGUGGUGACGUCAUGGGCUACGUCCUCUUCGCCGACAGCACUCUGUGCUUCCUCCUCGCACUGAGCCUGCUCUACUCCAGGCGGAAACUCUGGAUUUCCGGCUUUCACCCGACCUACGUGGCAUUUACCUUUCCACUGGCCUCCACGGCGUCAGCAGCCCUCUUGGCUUCGGAGCGCUUGCCCCUGGUGGCGGGUGCCGCCUGCCGCUCUUGGGCCACGGUGCUAUUGCUCGCCGCGCUGGCCGCCUCGCUGACGGUGCAGGCUGGUUUCCUGCGCCUCGUCUUUUCCCUGCGAAGCCCGCGGACAAAGACUGCAUAG